AUAUUGGUUGAUGGGAGGCUUCUUUAGGGUUUCUGGUGCAGCUGCUUUUGUGCAAUUUUUCGUUGGAUUCCGUUUUUGUUGAAUUCGAAGAGGAAAUCAUUGAAUUCAGCGUUUUCUGCAUCCGUUCUUGAAUGAGAUGAAAGGGGACCUUGUACCUGGUGAUCGGCGCGGGGAGCUGCAGAAAAAUAGGGUUCCUUCGGGAAGAUUGAUCGUCAGGAAGAAAGGGAAUGAGACCAGUACCGGUAUUUCUUCUGGGAAACAGAAGCUGUUCGAAUCGAAGAAGGAGAAGAAGAGAAAGCGGUUGAUACUGACUGAUUCUGAUUCUGACUCUGACAAGGACGCUUUAGUUUCUCCUGGUAGAAGGGUUGUCUGCGGAACCAGUCUAGAUAGUAAUGGUUAUGCUGCUCCUAGUGUAGAUUAUUCUAAAAGCAAGGUAGAUUUUGAAAGUGAUAAGAAGAGAAUUAGGUCGGAACCCAUUAAACGUAGAGAAGAUGCCAAAAUUGCUAUGAACAGAUUUGCUCAAGAUGAAAUUGAAAGAAAGAGAAGUAAGCUUGAUGUUUUUGAAUACGCUGAUGACCCCAUGGUUGACACAAGAAUGCACGGGAAGGCACCUUUUGAUGGCGAUGCAGUUGGUACUGGAGGGAACCACAUUUUGAGUUUGAAGCUCCGGGAACCAAGUGGUGGGCGGAAGAAACUUGGAAAUGAGGGUAGCAGAAACACCUUUGUUGACAAGAGGAAAAAAACUGCUUUUGACGGGACUGGUGGCUUGUUAAUUGAACAGGAAAGAGGAACUGAUCAUUUGAAUAAGAAAAACAAGUUUGAGGCUGAGAGGGAUGGAACAUUUCAUCCUGUUGGUAUGCCAAGGGAGAAGUUAAAGGAUUCUGGUAAUGAAACUAUCAGGCUGCCUGGAAAAAAUGGUGUCUUGAAGGUGAUGAUCAAGAAUAAGAAGAAAGUAGUUGGAUCUGGAAAACCUUUUAGUCUUCAUGAAGCUGAGGAAAAUGGAAAGGAUUCCGAGUAUGGCAACAUUUCCAUUCGGAACACACAACUCCAUCCUCUUCAUGUAAAAAAAAAAUUUCGUGAUGAACUUGAUUCUUUAACAAAGAACCAGCUGAAUAUGCGGAAAUUCUCAUCAGCAAAGAGCAAAAAAGCCUGCGAUUGGAAAGUGGAGGACAGCAAUACAUCAUCAAAGUUUGAUUCAAAAGAGAUGGACAUGUGUAGUUCCAAGAAAGUGGUAAAGGGCAAAGGAAUCAAGACUCUAAAAGAUGAAAUCCCCUCAUCAACUCAUAUGGAGGAUAGAGAAAAACGUUCUGGCACGGAGAAGCAGGUACUACGAAAUCACAUAAGGGACAUGCUUGUCAGUGCAGGCUGGAAUAUUGAUUUUAGACCUAGGAAGAACAGGGACUACCUCGAUUCAGUGUACAUCAGUCCUGCAGGAACAGCUUACUGGUCUGUAGUAAAUGCUUAUGAAGCGCUUAAAAAAGAAUACGAAGAAAAUUGUGGCAGCAAGUCUAGUCAAUCCAAUUUUCUAUUUACUCCAAUACCAGCUGAAGAACUUAGUAAACUAACAAGGCAGACACGUAGAAAGAUUGAGAAGGAAAUGAAAAAGAAGCUCAAAAACAACAAAGGAAGUAAGAGUGUGAAAGAAACCACACAAAAGAAAUCUGCAAAAAAUAAGCACAUCAUAGAGAGCACUGGGAGAAGCAAAGAUGGAGAAACAAGGAGUUCGCUCAUCAAGCAGAAAUCUACUCAAUCUUCUAAAGAAGUGGAUGAUGCAGAAACUCUAGUUGAUGAAGAGAGCAAUUCAAGUGCUAUCUCACGCAAGGGAAUCCCAAAGCCAGUUAGGGUUCAAAGGCCAUCCUUUGCAUCCCAUGCUCAUAUGCUACAGGGAAAGAAAAAUGAAAAGCAAAGUCGUUUUGCUUUGUUGGUUCGCAGAUCUAACACUGGGAUAAAUCCGGAUGGUGAUGAUUUUAUCCCCUACUCUGGAAAACGAACUGUGCUUUCCUGGCUUAUAGACUCAGGAACUAUUCCCUUGAGCGGGAAAGUGCAGUAUAGGAACAGGAGACGCACAAAAGUGAUGCUUGAGGGUUGGGUUACCAGGGAUGGAAUUCACUGUGGUUGCUGUAGCAAAAUCCUCACAGUUUCGAAGUUUGAGAUUCAUGCUGGAAGCAAGCUACGACAGCCAUUCCAAAACAUUUUGUUAGAGACUGGGAUUUCCCUCUUUCAGUGCCAGCUUGAUGCAUGGAAUAGACAGGAGGAUUCUGAACGCCGUGGAUUCCAUUUUGUUGACUUUGAUGGUGAUGACCCAAAUGAUGAUACCUGUGGCAUUUGUGGAGAUGGUGGGGAUCUGAUCUGCUGUGAUGGUUGUCCUUCAACUUUCCAUCAAAGCUGCUUGGGUAUACAGAUGCUUCCUGCAGGUGAUUGGCAUUGUCCAAAUUGUUCUUGCAAAUUCUGUGGGGGAGUUGGUGGUGGUACAGCUCAGGAGGAUCCUGUAAAACUACUCAAAUGCAGUCUCUGUGAGAAAAAAUAUCACCAGUUGUGUGUUAAGGAAACAGAUGUUGUACCUGUUGAUUCCAACAAUUCACAUUCUUCCUUUUGUGGGCAAAAGUGCAAACAGAUUUUCGAGCAAUUACAGAAGCUUCUCGGUGUUAAACAUGAGGUGGAAGCAGGAUUUUCAUGGACGCUCAUUCAGCGGUCUGACUUGGACUCAGAUAUGUCUCCUCGUGUGCUGCCCCAAAGGGCUGAAUGCAAUUCUAAGCUAGCUGUUGCACUGGCUGUUAUGGAUGAAUGUUUUCUUCCCGUUGUUGACCGGAGGAGUGGGAUCAAUUUGAUUCACAACGUUCUGUACAAUUGUGGAUCAAACUUUAAUCGUCUGAAUUAUAGUGGCUUCUACACUUUUGUUCUGGAAAGGGGUGAUGAAAUCAUCUCUGCAGCAUCCAUCAGGAUCCAUGGAACGAGGUUAGCAGAGAUGCCCUUCAUUGGGACUCGUCAUAUUUAUAGGCGUCAAGGAAUGUGCCGCCGGCUUCUAAAUGCAAUUGAGUCGGUUCUCUGCUCUCUGACUGUGGAGAAACUGAUCAUACCUGCUAUCUCAGAACUUAUGCAUGCGUGGACUGUAGUUUUUGGUUUCAAGCCUCUUGAAGAGUCACACAAACAAGAAUUGAGAUCCAUGAAUAUGCUAGUGUUCCCUGGUACAGAUCUUUUACAGAAGAUUCUACUGAAGCAUGACCUCUCUGAGGGGAAUAUUAAUGGUGCUGAAGGUUUCCAGGGUACUGGUUGUUCUUCACAUGAUACUUCUGAUGUGAUGUGCAAUACUUCAGAUGGUCUUGGUGAAGUUUCAUUGCAAGCUUUCAGGGAGAGAACCACGUCAUAUAAUUCUCAAGAAGCUGCUAUUGACUCUAUAUCUCUCCUCCAUUCUGGUCCUGCACAAGAUGAGGUUGUGAAGGAAACUAAGCUUCUGUUGGAUUCUGCUGUUACAUGUACUACCGAGUCUAGUUCAGACAGUGAAGGAGAUGGUUUACACAAAGCAAAGUUUGAUGUUGCUGACACUGAACCUGAUCUCUGUUCUCUAAGUGAAAGUUCCAUAAAGCAAACUACCAACACAACUGUGGCUACUGAAGAAAACAUCCAUGCAUCUGGUUGUGGUACUUCAGAUGUCUGUAAUGUGAAUACUGAAAUCACUGCUUCAGAUCCUCAUUUGCAUCAUUCUGUUGAUGGUGUUAAACCCCAAUCAACUGCUGUUAAGUCUGAAGCUCUGGAUGCUACUGCUAUGCAUUGUUCACAAGUGUCCAGUGGAAAUGUUGUUUGCCAUCUCUCAGAGGAUACCAUUCAAAUCUGUCCUGAUAAUGUUCAACCCUUUUUUGCUCUUUCUCAGCAUAGUUUUCAGGGUUCUGGUGAAAGUUUGUUGCAUCAAGAUUCCAAGUUUCAAAAGGUCACCCAGCGCUCUUGUGAUGCAUCUGUCAUAGUAACUGAUGGUCAUGGCUUCAAAGGUGAAGCUUUUACGGUAAAAAAUUACCCGCAUGUGCUGGGUGAAGGUCCCUUCACUGUCAAACCCAAGUGUAGUAAUGUAUCAGCAGUAGAGUGUAAAAGUUUUGACACAAGUGGAUCAGAUAGUGUGGUGACUUCAGUCAUAGCUAAUCUCAAUGGUUUUUGUGGAGCUCCUGUACAUUGUUCUCCUCCUGCUCCUUCAGAACCUCCUUCCCAGGCUCUGAGUCAAAGUAAUGGAAUUUGUAAAUCUGAACCUUUGAACCAUCGAGAUUCUAGUGAGCGUAAGGUGCAUGAAGAUGCUGAUGGUGAAUGUAAUUAUCCUGGUCCUCAUAAUUCUGAGUUCCUGUGGGACACCCUUCCUCUUUCUGUUGGAGGUAGUGCAUAUGAUCUUCCAGAGGUGACUAUUGGUUCUAACCAGGCAACUUAA